CUUCUUGAAACCAAAAAAUGACAAAAUAAGAACAACAACAUAUCAAGACACACAAAGGCUAAAAUAACACAACUUACACUAAGAUAAUAUUGGACCUGCUCUUGAGUUCGACAUGACAUUAACUCCCGAGUUCCUGUGAAACUUGGAUCGGUAGAAAUGUUGUAAUCUUGAUAAACAACUUUUGUUUUUAAAGACUUGGCAAAACGCAAUAGCUAAGAGAAAGGUUAUUGACCCAGAAAUAGAAAAACAGAGGAUCGAAAGGCAAAGAGAUUCAAAAGAUCAUUAAACUGUUGGCAGAGAUGGAAGAAACGAAAAUACGGAUCCAGUGUUAUAACCUUUGGGAUUAUUAAUAAUCAGAUAUUCAAGGGUAGGAGGAUCGAUGAGGCGUUGAGGGUAUUUGAUAAAUUGAGAGGUAAAGCAGAAAAGAAUAGGAUAGGCGUGGAACCUGAUGUGGUCUUGUAUAAUACUUUGAUUGACAAAGUUAGUAAAGUUGGGAGGGAAGAAGAUGGUUUGAGUUUUCUGGCAGAGAGGAAAACUGAGAAGAAAAAUAGGCCAAACAUUGUUCCAUAUAAUUGCUUGAUUGAUGGGUUAUGCAAAGCUGAAAGGAAAUGCCGUUUCUUAUAUUUUGGAAUUCAAGGAAAAUAAAAGUGGACACAGCGACCUUGGAAAUUACUCAGUCAAGAUCUCAUAAACGUUUGUCUCUGCAAUAUAUUGGACUGUAAAGGAACCUAGUACUGUUUUGCCAAUCAUGGACAGGCGCAGGAGCACCACCCGACCAGUAACCUUAUCUUCAGGUUCUGCUACUGCAACCACCACCAUAACAAUUGAAAGCUCAGAUAGAUCAUCCUCUUCAUCUCAGCAGGACCAACAGCAACCCGAAGUCCUUUUUCUCCCCCUCAAUCGCAAGAAAAAGAAGGUGUCGUGGAAAGAGGGCACUGUGGACAAUGAAUUUAUGCAGAAAAAGAGUUCCAAGAAGUGUUGUAUCUUUCACAAAGAGAAGCCCUUUGAUGAAGAUGAUAGCGAUGAAGAUGAUGUACCACAUGACUCUGAUAAACAUCCCCAUGAUUGUUGCAAGAAUCACGAAGAAGCUAGCCCGAGCAGUUAGGCUAUGUUUGGCCGAGGGAAGAAGUUAACGAGAAAGAAAGGCGAGAAAAGAGAAAGAUGGUAGAUUUGAUGUAUUAUCAGUAGUAUAAGAGAAAGAGAAGAAAUAGCGACGAAUAAAGCGUGUUCUCUCUUUUCUCUUGUUUGGUUGAAUAGAAAAUGAAAGGAGAGAAAUUUUUUUAUUUUUUUUUAUUUUUAGGACAAUAAUACCCUCAAUUAGAAAUAACCAAUUUAUACCUUUUUAUUGUUUUAACUUUAUUUACAAAAAGUUCCUUAAUUUCUAAGGA